GGCUCACCAUGCCCCGCAGCGUGGCCGGCGCGCCCGGCGGUCCCAGGGCAUCGCGGGCUGCCGGGCGGCCGCGCCGGGCCGCGUCAGAGCGCUGCGCGCCCGCCAGCCCGCCCGUCCCCCGCAGCCGCCUAACCGCUUCCGGGGGCGCGGCGGGGCCGCCCCGCUUCCUGCCGCCCCCUCCGCACCGCACAGUCGGCCCCAGGCGCCGUGGAGCCCCGGGCAGCGGCAGCUCCGGCCAGGUCCCGCCGAGCGUGGGGCCCCACUGCUCCCGCCCCGAGCUCCGCCCGCCCCGAGCCGCGCCCUCCCCGGCUGCCUGCGCGGGACUCACGGCUCCAGACCGUGUCUCCGGGACCCAGCGCCUGAAUUCCCGGGGAGCCUCAGAUGUCAACAGAACCUUGAGGUGAGAUUAUAAUGUAACAACCUGGGACCUGUGAAGACAAUGUCUGGAAGCUGAGAUCCAAAAGGAAGAGCUUCAAGGAAAAUUUCUGUUUCAAAAAUAGGUGCAAAUGAGAUUGAUAAAGAAACUGGAGAGCAGCUUGAUUUUGUCUGAUCUUUUGCUGCAGUCCCACCAAGACAAACUGAGCUGAGCUGAGCUGCAACCAUAUCAGCACAGUGAAGAGUAAAACAAACUGUAGUAAAAAGAAGAGAAUCAAAAUGUGAAGGUAUAUUCUAGAAAGACCAGAUUAAUUAUGAAAAUCUUUAUUGCGGCAGUUUCCAGCCGUGCUGUGCCCAGUGGGUGCCGUGGCCAGGAUAGCUCAGUGGAGGCUCAGCACAGCGGCCGAAUUCUCAAGCAGUUCCCAGCUGCAGGCAGCCUAAGCAAGCUAUAGUGAUUUCAGCUCUCAGUGAUUAUCAGCUCUUUGUGAUUUCAGCUCGUAGCUUGCUAGGUGCCACAGCAGCAGAUGCAGGGGGAGAGAGGAGAAGCGCCGUAUGAGGUUCCACAGGAUUCUUUAUUCGGGUCUUCUGUGAAGGUUCUCAGUGACAGCUCUUCUGCUGAACCAGGCAGAAUCAGGGGUUUUUAUACCCUACAGGGGUUUUGGAAAUUGUCUAUUAGUAAGGGUCAGGGGAAAGUGACCUAUAGGCUUACAGAGAGAUAAGCAGGGUCCGAAAAGCAGAAGAGAGGGGCUGCUAGGGUCCAGUCAUCAUGACUUGGCAUUUCCUAGCUCAGGCUUCUGACCUCCAAGGAGGACUUGCAGGCCCUGGGCCUGCUACAAAAAUCCUUAUAUCUUUUGUACAGAUAUAAGCAAUGUACUGCUGAUGGACAGCCCCAACUGGUGCUGGUGAAAGUCAGAGCUAGAACUAUAGGUAAAAAUGACUCAACUUCAAAUAAAUUGUUGUCACAUUUAACUGAAAUAGAAGACAAUUAUAAUUUUAAAUGGAAGAAAGCCUGAAAAUCUUAAAAGCUUUAAAGGAAAUAUUACACUUUGCUAAUAAAGACAUACAAAAAUAUUAGACCUUUUGAUCAAAUUUAAAGAAAUAAUAGGAUUAUUUUAUGUGAGAUCCAAGUUUUCUGCACAGGGCUAAUUCCUCUCUCUGGAGAACCGCAUUGCCAGUUACUAAAAAACCCACAAACACAAACUUGGGAGUUUUUUUCUGAUAUUGCAAGCACUUGGAUGCUGGCAAGGAACAACUGUGCAAGAAUUUGAAGAGUCAAAAUCCAAAUUAAAAAUAAGAGAGGUAGAGACAGAUAAAUGAUGCUACAAAAGGGUAGGUUUCUGGCCCUUUUGAUUGUUAAAAUAAUUUUUAAAAAUCCUGAAAUCAACCACAAAGUUUAAUAAAAACAAAAAAUAGAAGAAA